AUGGCCGAGGGGAGUGAGCUGAUGAACAGGCUCAUGAGUGAGAAUGCAGACCUGAAGAAGCAGGUGCGCCUCAUGAAGGAGAACCAGAUGCUGAAGCGUCUGCUCAGCGAGAGCUGCCAGGAGCGCUGUAGCCUUGGGAGCCGGGACCUGCUCUUCCCCAAGGCACCCGCCUACCCCGAGGACAGCUCCCCCGGGAGCGCAGGUGCAGACUUUGGAAGGUUCAGUGGCGUCCCUGAUGCACCCUCCCAGCUGCAGACGUCCUCCCUGGAGGACCUGCUGUGCUCACAUGCCCCCAUCUCCAGUGAGGAUGACGCCUCCCCUGGCUGUGCCACCUCCUCCCAGGUGCCCUUCAAGGCUUUCCUCAGCCCCCCAGAGCUGCGUGCACCCCGAGGCACUGACAGGAAGCUGUCCCCGCUCCUGAACCCCUUGCAGGACCCGCUGGCAGACAAGACCCUGCUGGAGCCCAGGGAGAUGGUCCGGCCCAAGAAAGUGUGCUUCUCAGAGAGCAGCCUGCCGUCUGGGGACAGGACGAGAAGGAGCUACUACCUUAACGGUAUGGCCCAGGCAGGGGCGGGCACCAGGGUGCAGUAG